CGGUUGGUGAAUGGAGGGGGGUGGUGCUUUCUCGCACGCUGCCAUAUGGAUGACCAAAUCACGGCAAAGUGUUUAUAAUGUGAAAAGAAUAGUGGAAUUUUAAAGUGGGAAAAUGUUAACUUGUGGAGUUUUAUCGAGGAAAACGUAGCUUUGUGGAAGUUUUUCGAGAACUUUUAAUCGCCGGAACAGGAUGACAACAACACAAUAGUGUUGGCAAUCUGCAGGUGUUUCAUUUCCCACAUGCUGGAUGUCACGGCCUCCUACAACUAAAAUGAGGAUACAAGGGCAGCCUGAGGGCGCAAGAAGGCGUCUGGAUUUGAGUGCCAAUGGUGAGCUCAGGGGUGUGGAGGUCAUCCGUGGUCGCGCGGGGUAUGGCUUUACUAUUACAGGACAGAGGCCAUGUGUGUUGAGUGGCAUCAUGGAGGGGAGCCCUGCUAACCUGGUAGGGCUUAGACAAGGAGAUCGCAUCAUGGCCAUUAAUGGAGCUGAUGUGUCCACAGCAUCACAUGAGACUGUGGUGGAGCUGAUUGGCAGCUGUAAAGGGCCACUGCGUUUGGUGGCGCACACAGAAGGUCGAUUAAUGGGAAACCCCAUACUUAAUGAUGCAAAAUUUGGCUUUGCUCAGAAAAAUGGUGAUUUCCAAAAGCAAGGUGUUUUCCGCACAAUAUCAGAUGACUCAAGCAAAUCCUCCUUUAACUGUAGCAAUGAUGUCACUUCUAAACAGAGGCCUGUUUCAGAGCCUGACAUGUCACAGUGGUCUCAACAGUGGAGUGUUUUAGCGGCGCAAUCAAAGGAGGAAACAAUAACAGUGAAGGACACAGAUUCUGUUUUGACAGAGACAGACGAAGUUAAUCCAGAAUGGACUGUUUUAAACAUGACUUUGGUAGUGGGCUACCUGAGUACUACUGAGUUGAUUUUAAACACUAGUGAAUCCGAGGAUGAAUGCUUAAAAGCCAUUCUGGAGAGAAUCCGCCAGCUGGGGACAGAACAGGAUACCCAUACUCUGGUAAUGAUGAAGAUCAUGUUUGAUUGCAUUCGACUGUGCGACGAUGCGGGAGCUGUUUUGGCUGCCUUCCCCGCUGAGAACCUUGUCUUGGGAGCUGUGUGUGCUGAAGAUCCACGCUUUUUUUGCCUGGUCACAACAGCACAUAUUAUCAAUGGCCGUGUACCAGAGGAUGGUCCUCUGCGUGCCUCCUGCCAUGUAUUUUUUAUUGACCCAGAGCUGGGGAAUCAUGAUGAUCACAUAGGGAUUGCUGGCCGCUUUGGCUUUGACUGUACUCCAGAUUCAGAUGGCUUGGGAUGCCUGGAAUUCCCUCAGACCCCUCAAGAUGUCCUUCACUUUGUUACAGUCCUAUAUAGUGACAUGGGGGAGGCAGUUGAAAGACUUAGAGUCAGACUGGACGCUGAGGCUCAGCAACAAGCAAAGGAGAAUGACAGCGCUAGCAAACAAGGCAGUGCAAGCAGCCAUGGGGACAGUGGUAUUGGAAAUGCUUCUCCACCAGAGGAGAGAACGGACAGGGAUUUCCCUUGUGAAAUCCAAAACCAUCCUGGGACCCACCUCCCCAGCUGUCCAUGGGAUUAUCUUACGGCCAAAGACUUCACCCCAAUAAACCAAUCCAAGAAUGGCCAAAUACUUAAUCCAGAGAAUAGUGCCAGCACACAUUCCCUUUUGGAGUCACUACCUGGCCCUGAUUCUCUAACAAGCUUUUAUGGAGGUCCUCCACCCAGGCUAGAAUUCCAAUUCAAGCCCCCACCUCCCCUUCUACCUUUACCUAAAAAAACAAACUUCUUUGGAGAUCCCCUCAGAAGUAGCCAAAGGUGGUUCUCAAGGUCAAAAUGGCCCAAAGUCCUAAGUAAUGAAUCUGUCCCUCAAGAGACACCCACCUACAACUGGUCCUCCGACAUUAACCUUAGUACCAGCACAAAUAACCUUCCCCCUCCAAUGAGCCAGAUACCCUCACAGAAGUACCAGUCAGCUGAAGGCAUGAUGCUUCCCCCCAGAGAGGAAUGGACCAAAAGGUUUCUUGAACAGAGACAGAAACAGCGGACGGAUGGUAGCAACAAAAAUAUAUCCAGGUUUUGGGGUAUAGGAGCUAUCCGUGCCUCAAAACGUCGCUCUUCCAAACGUCUCAGCCUGGCGCGAUCACUGGAUGAUCUUGAGUCUGCAGCUUCUUCAGAAGACUUCAGUGGAAUCCAGUUGCCGGGAUGCUGCAGCCAAACCAGCCUGAACAGUAAUGGUAGUCUUCCAGGACAAGGUAGCCAUCAAGGGGGUUCAGAACAACGUGUGGCCAGUUGGUCCACAUGUUUCGAGCGACUUCUUCAAGACCCCGUGGGCGUGCGUUACUUCUCGGAAUUUCUCAAAAAAGAAUUCAGUGAAGAGAAUAUCUUGUUCUGGCAGGCCUGUGAAUACUUCAGUCAUGUCCCUGCAACAGAUAAAAAGCAGCUGUCCCAGAGAGCAGGAGAGAUCUACAACAGCUUCCUGUCCAGCCAGGCCACCAUGCCAGUCAACAUCGACAGCCAGGCCCAGCUGGCUGACGACGUCCUCACCUCUCCACGGCCCGACAUGUUCAAGACCCAGCAGCUACAGAUCUUCAACUUGAUGAAGUUUGACAGCUACUCACGAUUCCUCAAGUCCUCCCUCUACCAGGAGUGUUUGCGUGCUGAGGUGGAUGGUCAACCCCUGCCAGACCCCUACCAGAUCCCCUGCAGUCCUGCGCCUUCAAAACACAGUGCUAGCUCAGACCGCUCGACCAUCUCCACCCCUAAAAAGGAAGUCAGAAAGCAGAAAUCAGGUAGGUCACUGAAUGAAGACACCAGGGAUGAGAGUGCCGACAAAAAACGUGGGAUCUUCUUUUCGUGGUCCCGCAACAGGAGCUUUGGGAAGGGUCCAAAGAAGAAGGACAUUGGCGACAUUAAUCUUGAUUACUGGGGCAGUAACGGACGAAGAGAGUCCCAGGGAUCAUUAUCGUCCAGUGCCAGUUUGGAGAUUCCCACUUCUGGAUCUGCUGGCAAGAUUGAGUCUGAAAAUCGACACUCAGUGGGAGUGUGGGAUCGCUCGCCCAAACAAUGCAGCGUGUUGCUGCCUGAUGGUUCCUGCUCUUCCAUCACCCUUCGGCCCAGUGCCUCCAUUAGAGAAGUCCUGCAAGAUCUGUGUCGCAAUAUCAACGUCAAUAUUGCUGCUGUCGACCUUUUCCUGGUGGGAGGAGAGAAGCCAUUAGUGUUGGACCAAGACUGCAUGACCCUCAAUUCACGGGACCUAAGACUGGAGAGGCGCACCUUGUUUAGAUUGGACCUGGUACCCAUUAACCGCUCUGUGGGGCUGAAAGCCAAACCUACCAAACCAGUCACUGAGGUCCUGCGUCCCGUGGUGGCCAAAUAUGGUCUCCAUCUCAGUGAUCUCGUGGCUAAAAUAAGCGGAGAUACUGAGCCUUUGGAUCUGGGUGCCCCCAUAUCAAGUCUGGAUGGCCUGCGAGUUGUGUUGGAGCAAGCAGACCCAUGCUCAGGGAAAGAUAAAUCAAAGUCUUCCUCGCUAAAAAGCCACCCUCCAACCAGGAGUUUAUCAGCAGCAGGAGAUGAGAGGUCAACAACAAAGGACUUUUCUGUGAGAGCAAGUGGACCAGACUCAGCAUUCCCAGGAGAAAAGAGAAAACAGAAAAAGAUUAAUAUAGAUGAAGCUGAAGAAUUCUUUGAGCUUCUAAGCCGGGCUCAGAGCACCAGAGCCAAUGAUCAGCGUGGACUCCUGAACAAAGAAGACUUGGUGCUUCCUGACUUUCUGCGCCUGGCUCCACCCACUUCCUCCUGUUCAGUGUCCUCCAACCUGGCCAGCUCCACCCCCACCUCCCUAAAACAAAGCCGAGAGAAUGGCAUCUCCUCACGGGGGUGCCUCACCUCCAGCCUCCGCUCAGAGAGCCUGGACUCCUCCCUCAGCACCAGUGCUAAUGGACACUCUGCAGCCAGGCGGUGCCUGCUGCCCCCUCCCCGUCACCCAACUUUUGGCACCCACCUGUCCCCUAUCCCACGCCCCUCAGACACCCGGCCAAGUCUCCGCACUGUGGAGGAGGACACCCACAACGAUCUGACCCUUGUAGGCGAAGGCGACAUCAGCAGCCCCAACAGCACUCUGCUGCCACCUUCUCCAUCCCCCAUGCCGUCCUUUGAGAGCAGCCUCCCUGAGCCCAACUUCACCCCACCACCACCCUGCUCCCAGUCUCCAGAUGCAGGUGGAGAUGGAAAGUCCAGUUCAGAAGGACAAACAGAAACAGCCCUCAGCACCAAACCACCAGCUGACAGGGCAGAUGCUGUGCAGACGGUUCAGGAGGUGAUGGAUGUGGAGGGAGUGCAUCUAGAAGAAGGAACACUGGAAACAUCUCAGGGAGAGGACUCUGAGCUGAGCCUGAGUUUCCAGGGUUAUGUUGCUGAGCUGCGACAGUGUCAGUCCAAAAUGAGGAAUGCCCAGAUGCCCCAGAACGGCCGUAACCUUCCAGAGAGCAAAGACUGCCAGACAGACCUGUACAAGGCCACAAUUGUAUAAAGGAAACCCCCACUACUGCACUUUUGAAGCCUUAGGGCACCGAUGUCUGUAAUAAAAUUUGUCAAACAAUGGACUGCAUGAUGAAGCUGUCAAUUUCCUGUCUAAACAUAAUCAAUAUAUUGGUGUUAGAUAUUGUAUAUUUGUUAUAAAUUCUGACGCCCUUUUGUUAAGUUUACUAUGGUUGUAAUUUUGGGACAGUGAUUUUGUUGGUAUUGUUUAAUAAUUAAGUGAAAUACAAUUCUAUUAUUAGCUAUAUUAGACUGUAGACUAUCAAGUGAAACUUAGUUUGGGAACCACUUUAUGCAUUAUAAAUCAUAUUUGCCAGUAACUGCUUAUACACCCACAACAUUAAUUACAGAUGUAACAAACAGUUACUUAAAGCAUAAUUAACAGCCUAAGAACUUCUCAUUAAUGAAGCUUUUAAGAUAGAAGAACAUUACGACAAAAUGAUCAUACCCAUUGUGCAUUUGCCAGGAUUUGCAACAGUUGUUUCCUAACUCACUUUUCCUGCUAUUCUUCUGUUGCAGAAAGCUGUUAGAUGUAGUUGAAGUUCAGUAAAACUUAAAACUUCUGUUGACCUGUUAGAAAGUAACACCCACUGUAGGACCUCGUGCUAGAUGUAACUCUGUUAACAGGAUCAGAGGACAGAGAAUAUCUUUCUUGGAUAUUCAGUUUUUCUUCUUCACAGUCUUCCUAUGUUUUACAGAUAAUACAUGGCGGUACCUUUAAUGUCUAUAUUUCCUGCUUCUGUGUUUUUUAAGUCGACUGUAUUGUUCAUUAAAUAAAAUUGUUUGACUGCUUCUAACUAAACUGACUUUAAACAAC